AUGGCCGACGUCGCAAUGAGUUUGACUCUCCUCGUGUCAGAUGUAUCCUCUCGCUUCCGUCCCAACACCAUGGGUCGUAGUCCCUCUUCGUUUUCAACUAUAUCGAAGAUGAACCAGGCUUCCACGUCGGUUGACUCACUAGUGCUUCUAGAGUCAAACCAGGAGGAUGUUUCCGUGACUCGUCUGCGCAAAGAAAUCAUAUACGACUUCGAAAACCCAAAACUGCUGUCGGAGAGCUCCUCAAGAAACUCGCGUGAUCUUUCAGGUUGCGUCGAACGUCGAUUCGUGGACAAGAUAGGAAUGGUGAUACCUGGAGUGUCUGAUCGGGAACCUUGCAACAUUCAACGAGCGCACUAUGUUACAAUGUGGAGCCUCGGUUCACCCAUCGAGUAUAGCACAUCCGAAGCUGAUCAUGGAAUCACAUUUGACGACCACAGGAAACUACACUUGUCACUGGAAAGCUUCCUAUACCGCACACCCAAGGAAACUCGCGAUACGACCGAAAAGGCAUUCUUUAAAAUUAUAUCGGCGCUAAAUUCACUAUUAUCGGAUAUCACCACAUGGUGGCGAGCUCGAGGCAUCCCAGCGACACUCUGUUUGACCUCGGUGGGAAUGUUUGCGCCAGACCGACUCAAGGAAUCGUACAUACAGAUCUUGCAUACGCCACUUCAUCGAGAUUUUGAUUUCGACGGUCUCGAGAAGCACCAUCUAGCCCAAGAAGAUGGCCUGCCUUUCUAUGCCCCAUACUGGGCAAUACCGCAACACUCGACACUCUCUCUUCCCUGGCCUCUGCGACCAUUACCACCUCACAAGGAAGACCUUGCUCUACGAUUCCCAGAGCGCUAUGGAGCCGACCCAUACUACCGAUCGGCGAUAAAGCAAACGUUCUUGGCGAGACGGACGCCGUGACUUAUAAGCAAUACAUCGUCGCUAAACAAGGAGAUGCCGAUGCGAAGAGGCAUAUGGAAUACGUCCAACAAAACGGCUACACGGCCAAUAAGCUACCCACCGAUACUCCAAGCAGCUUUUCAACAACGUUGCAGUCAAAACUCAACAGAAAGGUCUACGAGCACAAUAGUGCUCUGGAAGCACGCCGAAACGUGGAAAUCGGAUCGCGGCUACGUAUGGUCUGCUUCGCUUUUACAGAUCCUAUCUGGCCUCCCCAC